GCUCCAUCUUCCCUUUGAUAUUACAGAAAUCAAUCAGGGUACUCUUUAUCUUUCUAAACUACCAAAGACCAUUAGAAAACAUGGACAGAAUCCUCUUGGUCUCCCUUCUUUUUCUGCUGAUAGCAGCUAAUGGGGCUGCAGAAUAUAGCAUAUACAAUGACAUCGAAAUGCUAAAAGAGCUUGAAGAGUUAGAUGUAGAAGGAGAUGAAAUGGAAGAAGAAUUUUUUGAUAUUCCAGGAUGGACUAGUCAGCAUGGUGAUAAGGUUCUUGUUAAUGUUGAUGCCUUUGGUGCAGUUGGGGAUGGAAUUUCUGAUGAUACCCAGGCCUUCUCAGAUGCAUGGGAUAAAGCAUGUUCUACACAAAAAUCUGUUUUCUUGGUACCCCAAGGAAGGAUUUAUCUAGUUGAUGCAACCAGGUUUAGAGGACCUUGUGCUGAUAAGUUAAUCAUCCAGAUUGAUGGGAAAAUCAUAGCACCAAAUGAACCAAAGAACUGGGACCCCAAGAAUCCAAGAAUAUGGCUUGAUUUCUCCAAACUGAGCAGAGUAAUCUUCCAGGGUAGUGGGGUUAUUGAUGGUAGUGGAAAUAAAUGGUGGGAUGCAUCUUGCAAAAGGAACAAAUCAAAUCCUUGCAAAGGUGCACCAACAGCAUUGACUAUUGAUUCAAGCUCUGCAGUUAGAGUUAGGGGCCUUACCAUCCAGAACAGCCAGCAGAUGCAUUUUGUAAUCUCCCGUUCCAACUCAGUCCGGAUUUUGGACAUGUUCAUCUCUUCUCCGGGGAACAGUCCUAACACCGAUGGAAUCCAUAUCACUGAAUCCACUAACGUUGUGGUCCAAAAUUGCAAGAUCGGAACAGGUGAUGAUUGCAUCUCCAUUGUUAAUGGAACCUCAAACAUCAAGAUGAAAAACAUUUAUUGUGGACCAGGCCAUGGAAUCAGCAUUGGGAGCCUAGGGAAGGACAACUCCACAGACACAGUAACAAAGGUGGUUUUGGACACAGCAUACCUCCAAGAAACUACCAAUGGUGUCCGGAUUAAGACUUGGCAGGGCGGUUCUGGUUAUGUUCGUUCUGUGCGCUUUCAAAAUGUGAGGAUGGAGGAUGUGGCAAAUCCCAUUAUCAUUGACCAGUUCUAUUGUGACUCACCAAACACCUGCCAGAAUCAGACUUCUGCUGUACAGAUCAGCCAGAUCAUGUAUCGGAAUAUCAGUGGAACUACAAAAAGUGAGGAGGCCAUGAAAUUUGCCUGCAGUGAUACAGUUCCCUGUAGCAACAUAGUCCUAAGCGACAUUGACCUAGAGAAGAAAGGUGGCACCGUAGAGACCUACUGCAACUCUGCCACGGGAUUCAACUACGGGGUUGUUCGUCCAUCUGCCGAUUGCCUUCAAUCCUCUGACAAGGAAUCCCAUUGCGACCAAACACAAGAUGCAAGGAUCAUAACACCUAGUACAGAAGAAGGUCCUCUCCAUACCGAACUUUGACUCUGGUACUGAAAGUGACAAAUUAUCCACAAUGGUUUCUGAAACAGAUUAAUUGUUCAGAGUGGUGACCACAAUUACCAAAGGUGGGAUCUAAGAACUACUGCAAUUACAGACAUUUAGGUAAUAGGUUAUACUAAUCUAGCUAUAAAUGAGUAUAUCAAGCGACUACGAGCUGCAAGUGCUAUUGAUUACUAUAUGUUCUACAGAUAAAUGGAGUAAUAUUAUAAUUUUGUCAAUCAGA